GCUUUAAACUGCCCCAAGCAAACGUGUCCGGGGAAGUGUGAAGCUUUAUCAAAAUUUAAACGCGUAGGGUGGCGGAGGCAGGAGUGGGGCGGAGCCGCGGCCUGGCGGCCCGGAGAUGAGCUAGUGAGACUUGGAGCUGAGAAACCUGUGGCUCAGUUUUCACAGCUUCAAACCAGCUUUUGGAAAUCUAUACCCAGCUGUUAAGGGUGUUUCAGAGGUAAUUGAUGACUGGAACCAAGAGGAGAUAUUCUGGGAAGAAUUCGUUCCUGCCGAAGAGUAAGUCCUUGAUUCCCAGGCCCUUUGAGGUCUGAGGAGGAGCCCAGUAGGUGAGAUUCUCUACCUCUAAGGAGAAACAGUACCUGCUCCUUCAGCAAGAGCGAGCUCUCCAUUGCUAUGGAUACCGAAUCCACGUAUUCUGGAUAUUCUUACUAUUCUAGUCAUUCGAAAAAAUCUCACAGACAAGGGGAAAGAAAUAGAGAGAGGCACAAAUCACCCCGGAAUAAAGAUGGCAGAGGGUCAGAAAAAUCUGUCACCAUUCAAGCUCCCACCGGAGAGCCCUUGUUGGCAAAUGAUUCUACUCGGACGGAGGAAGCUCAGGAUGACAACUGGGGGGAGACCACCACAGCCAUCACAGGCACGUCGGAGCACAGCAUCUCGCAGGAGGACAUCGCCCGCAUCAGCAAGGACAUGGAGGACAGCGUGGGGCUGGACUGCAGGCGCUACCUGGGCCUCACCGUCGCCACGGUGCUCGGACUCCUGGUCUUCCUCAGCCCCAUCGCCUUCAUCCUGCUGCCCCCCAUCCUGUGGCGGGAGGAGCUGGAGCCUUGUGGCACCAUCUGCGAGGGACUCUUCAUCUCCAUGGCAUUCAAGCUCCUGAUUCUGCUCAUUGGGACCUGGGCGCUGUUUUUCCGCAAGCAGAGAGCCGACGUGCCGCGGAUCUUCGUGUUCCGUGCCCUCUUGUUGGUCCUCAUCUUUCUCUUCGUGGUCUCCUAUUGGCUUUUUUACGGGGUCCGCAUUUUGGAUCCUCGGGACCGAAAUUACCAGGGCAUCGUGCAAUACGCUGUCUCCCUCGUGGACGCCCUCCUCUUCAUCCACUACCUGGCCGUUGUCCUGCUGGAGCUCAGACAGCUGCAGCCCAUGUUCACGCUGCAGGUGGUCCGCUCCACUGAUGGCGAGUCCCGCUUCUACAGCUUUGGACACCUGAGUAUCCAACGAGCAGCAUUGGUGGUUCUGGAAAAUUACUAUAAAGAUUUCACCAUCUAUAACCCCAACCUCCUAACAGCCUCCAAAUUCCGAGCAGCCAAGCACAUGGCCGGGCUGAAAGUCUACAACGUAGAUGGCCCCAGUAAUAACGCCACUGGUCAGUCCCGGGCAAUGAUCGCCGCAGCUGCUCGGCGCAGGGACUCAAGCCACAACGAGUUGUAUUAUGAGGAGGCGGAACAUGAACGGCGGGUGAGGAAGCGGAGAGCAAGGCUGGUGGUUGCAGUGGAGGAGGCCUUCAUCCACAUCCAGCGUCUCCAGGCUGAGGAGCAGCAGAAAGCCCCAGGGGAGGUGAUGGACCCCAGGGAGGCCGCCCAGGCCAUCUUCCCCUCCAUGGCCCGGGCUCUGCAGAAGUACCUACGCACCACCCGGCAGCAGCACUACCACAGCAUGGAGAGCAUCCUGCAGCACCUGGCCUUCUGCAUCACCAACAGCAUGACCCCAAAGGCCUUCCUCGAGCGGUACCUCAGCACGGGUCCCACGCUGCAGUACGACCGGGAGCGCUGGCUCGCCAUGCAGUGGCGGCUCGUCAGUGAUGAGGCCGUGACCAGCGGGCUGCGGGAUGGACUCGUUUUUGUCCUCAAAUGCUUGGACUUCAGCCUCGUAGUCAAUGUGAAGAAAAUUCCAUUCAUCAUGCUCUCGGAAGAGUUCAUAGACCCCAAGUCUCACAAAUUUGUCCUUCGCUUACAGUCUGAGACAUCAGUUUAAAAGUUCUAUAUUUGUGGCUUUAUUAAAAAAAAAAAGAAUAUAUAUAGAGAUGUAUAUGUAUACCAGAGGGGCAUCUUUGUUUUUAUUAUUCUUCAUUGCUGACUGAACUGGCAGAUGAGAGACCAGGGUCCUUUGACCAUCUGCACUUUAUUUGGAAGGAAGCAGAAGAUGUCUGUCCUGGAAAAAAAGUGACUGAUGACAUCUGACUUGGGGAUGGGACGUCUCUCGAGAAGCCGUUCCCUGGUGUUUCUGUGACAGCUGCAAACCAAAGCGGAGCUGGAGGUUCUUGGGAACCUCGCCUUACGACUCGUCCCUGCCUUUCGUCCAGCACCCAACCCUGCCCUGGCUUCUGGCCAUCCCACUCGUGGGCCUCUGGGGACACGUCUUUGUCCUGUUUCAGGGAACCAGACAGGACAUGUCCACACGUGUUUGUAUAUGUCAACAUCC